UAAAGCCUCGAAUCCCGAAACCCAGAGGAGGGGCGAGAGCAAGAGCCAUAAAAAACCAAAACCCCUUUUUCCCUCUUUUAUUUUCUAUCUCCAUCUUAUCGAGUUCGCGACUCAUUCAGCUGGUACUCAGAGCUACACAGCGAGAGUGAGCAGGAGACGAAGAAGCUGCUGCUUUGCUUUGCCUUGCGAGCAGAAAUUGGUAAUAGCAAAUGGCGGAGAAGCUGGAAGAGCAGCUCAUGGAGCUGGGAUCUAAGCUGGAAUCUCCUCCAUCCGCCAAGGACGCCCUUCUCAAGCUGUUAAAGCAAGCUGCUACAUGUCUCUCUGAGAUUGCCCAGUCUCCACCAUCAUCAAUAAUGGAAGCAAUACAGCCUCUGCUUAAUGCAAUUGUCAAGCCAGAACUGCUGAAGCAUCAAGAUCGGGAAGCCAAACUUCUAGUUGCAACCUGUAUUUGUGAGAUAACUCGAAUAACUGCACCUGAAGCGCCUUAUAGUGAUGAUAUUCUAAAGGAUAUUUUUAACUUGAUUGUUGGCACUUUCAAUGGAUUGAGCGAUACUAGUGGUCCAUCAUUUGGAAGGAGAGUUGUAAUUUUGGAGACUCUUGCAAAAUAUAGAUCCUGUGUUGUGAUGUUGGAUCUUGAAUGUGAUGAUUUGGUUAAUGAAAUGUUCAGUACCUUUUUUUCUGUUGUUAGGGAUGAUCAUCCAGAAAGUGUUUUAUCAUCCAUGCAGACAAUCAUGAUCGUUGUGUUAGAAGAGAGUGAAGAUGUUCGAGAUGAUCUUUUACUUGUUAUAUUGUCUGCAUUAGGUCAUAAUCGAAGUGUUGUUACACAAGCAGCCAGGAGACUUGCUAUGAAUGUUAUAGAGAAGUGCUCAGAAAAACUUGAAACCGGAAUAAAACAGUUUCUUAUUUCAGUGAUGUCUGGAGAUAAUCAGCCAGUAAAAAGUGAAAUUGACUAUCAUGAAGUUAUCUAUGACAUUUAUCAUUGUGCUCCUCAGAUACUGUCAGGAGUUGUCCCAUACCUCACAGGAGAGCUGUUGACCGAUCAAAUAGACACUCGUUUGAGAGCUGUGAGAUUGGUUGGAUCCCUCUUUGCUCUGCCUGGCUCUAGCAUAUCUGAAGCGUUUCAGCCAAUAUUUUCAGAAUUUUUGAAGAGGCUGACUGAUAGAGUUGUUGAUGUUCGAAUGUCUGUCCUCCAACAUGUUAAGAGCUGUCUAUUGUCGGAUCCCUCAAGAUCUGAGGCUCCUCAAAUUAUAUCUGCCCUCUGUGAUCGGCUUUUAGACUAUGAUGAAAAUGUUCGAAAGCAAGUUGUGGAUGUAAUUUGUGAUGUUGCUUGUCAUUCUCUUGUUUCUGUCCCCGUUGGGACUGUAAAACUAGUUGCAGAGCGUCUUCGGGACAAAUCUCUGAUUGUUAAAAAAUAUACCAUGGAAAGGCUGGCUGAGAUUUUCAGAGUUUAUUGUGCUGGAUACUCUGAUGGCUCGAUCAAUCACAAUGAAUUUGAUUGGAUACCCGUGAAGAUUUUUAGGUGUUUCUAUGACAAAGAUUUUAGGUCAGAUACAAUUGAAUCUGUUUUAUGUGGAUCCCUCUUUCCUACUGAAUUCUCAAUCAGAGAUAAAGUUAAAAUUUGGAUAAGAAUUUUCACUGGGUUUGACAAAAUUGAGGUCAAGGCACUUGAGAGGAUGCUAGAACAGAAGCUAAGGUUACAGCUAGAGAUGCAGAGGUAUCUCUCUCUAAGGCAGAGGCAUCAGGAUAGUGAUUCUCCUGAAAUACAAAAGAAAAUUUUGUUUAGCUUCCAAAUCAUGUCCCGCUCUUUUUCUGAUCCUGUGAAGGCUGAAGAGAAUUUUCAGACUCUUGAUCGGGUUAAAGAUGCUAACAUUUGGAAGAUUUUAUUGAAUCUACUGGAUCCCAAUACCAGCUCCCAUCAAGCUUCUAGUGGUCGGGAUGAAUUGCUUAAAAUACUUUCUGAGAGGCACCAACUCUAUGAUUUUCUAAGUAUGCUCUCCCUGAAGUGUUCUUAUCUACUUUUUAACAAGGAGCAUGUGAGAGAAAUCCUCGUGGAGGUUACUGUACAGAAGUCUGCCAGAAACACACUAUACAUUCGAUCUUGCAUGAAUAUACUUGUGAUACUUGCACGAUUUAGUCCAUUGCUUCUGGGCGGAACUGAAGAAGAGCUGAUUAAUUUUCUGAAAGAUGACAAUGAAAUUAUAAAGGAAGGGAUUUUGCAUGUUUUGGCUAAGGCUGGUAGUACCAUCCGAGAACAACUCGCAGUGGCAUCAAGUUCAAUUGAUCUUAUAUUGGAGAGGCUUUGUUUAGAAGGUAAUCGGAGACAGGCCAAGUAUGCAGUGCAUGCACUAGCAGCAAUAACAAAGGAUGAUGGGCUCAAAUCUCUCUCCGUUUUAUAUAAGAGCCUUGUGGACAUGCUGGAGGAAAAGACACAUUUACCAGCGGUACUUCAGUCUUUGGGAUGUAUAGCUCAGACUGCAAUGCCUGUUUUUGAAACUAGAGAGAGUGAAAUUGAAGAAUUUAUUAAAAGCGAAAUUUUGAGAUGCAGUAAUGAUGCAGAUUGUAGUGCAAAAGAAUGUUGGGAUGACAAAAGCGAACUUUGCAUGUUGAAGGUGUUCGGGAUAAAGACAUUGGUCAAGAGCUACUUGCCUGUCAAAGAUGCUCAUCUUCGUCCUGCUAUUGGUGACCUUCUAGGACUCCUUAGAAACAUACUUUCUUUUGGUGAAAUAUCUGAAGAUAUAAAAUCAAGCUUAGUUGAUAAGGCCCAUUUAAGGCUUGCUGCAGCCAAGGCAGUUCUUCGUCUGUCCCGUAACUGGGAUCAUAAGAUUCCUGUUGAUAUUUUUUAUUUAACCUUAAGGGCAGCGGAGAUCUCUUUCCCUCAGGCUAGGAAACAAUUCCUCAGCAAAGUUCAUCAAUAUAUUAAGGACAGACUCUUGGAUGCAAAAUAUGCUUGUGCUUUCUUACUUGGGAUACCUGGAACCAAAGAUCUUCAGUUUGAUGAGCAGGAAAAACAGAAUUUAGCCGAUAUCUUUCAAAUGUAUCAGCAAGCAAAAGUUCGGCAGGUUGCUAUACAAUCUGAUACAAAUUCCUCGACAUCAUAUCCUGAAUACAUCCUGCCUUAUUUGGUCCAUGCUCUUGCUCAUCAUUCACGUGCCAACACAGAUGAAUGCAAGGAUGUCAAAGCAUUUGAAUUAACAUAUCGGAAAUUGUACUUGACCAUUUCUUUGUUGGUAAAUAAAGAUGAAGAUGCCAAGUCAGAAGCUGGUGCUAACAGGGAGAAGGAGAGUAUUUCUUUGAUAUUCUCCAUCUUUAAGAGUAUCAAGCGCUCUGAAGACGUUGUUGAUGCAAUGAAAUCGAAGAAUUCACAUGCUAUUUGUGACCUGGGACUUUCGAUCAUGAGGCGUCUAGCUUAUAAGGAGGAGGAUUUGCAAGGUCUUAUACAGUCAGUCUCUCUGCCUUCACUCCUGUACAAACCAUAUGAAAGAAAAGAAGGUGAAGAUUCCCAGGAUGGAGAAAGGCAAACAUGGUUAGCUGAUGAGAGUGUCCUGUCUCACUUUGAAUCCCUAAACUUGGAUUGUGAUGGAACGAAAGAGAUUUCCAAGGAAGAGACUCUCAAGGACAGUGAAACUGAAAGAAAUGAAGUGCCUCUCAGAAAAAUGAUUAAGCAAUUAAAAUCUAAAGAAUCCAAGGCUCGGAAGGCUAAAAAGAACAAGUCUUCCUCGGUAGAAGCAAAAGAUGCUGAAAAUGAUGAUAUUUUGAAAAUGGUGAGGGAAAUAAAUUUGGAUAGUCUACAGAUGUCCAGUAAGUUUGAAUCAACCAAUGGUCAUAGACAUUUUUCAACCAAGAAAGAAAAAGUGGAGCAGGAGCAUCAGAAAGGUAAUAAGAGAAAAGUCAAUGUUGCAGCUUCUUUCCCAGUGCCUAAACGCAAGAGGUCGUCGUCUACACAUAGUGCUUUCAAGAUUUCUAGAAGUGCUUCUAAGGUCCCUUCAAAGGAUUCAGGAGAUGACUGGCAUGAAGCGAAAGGUUCCUCGUUCAAAAGAUGGAAUGAGAAUAAUGAAUCGGACUACUUGGUGCCAAGCAUUCGGAAGAAAAGAAGCUUCUCUUCAAAAGGCAAAGGCAAAGGCAAAGGCUCUAAGUGGGGUCAUAGUGACGAGGACGAUGAAGAUGAAGCUGCUGAUGAAAUUCUGGAGAAGUCAGAGACCAGCAAGUCUGCAUUUGGAUCUAGCAAGAAGCAGAAGAGGAGCAUUGCAGGAUUAGCAAAGUGCUCAACCAAGGAAGAUGGAAUUGAUAUUGCAGAUUUGAUUGGCGACAGAAUAAAAGUGUGGUGGCCUUUGGAUAAGCAGUUUUAUGAAGGUACAAUUAAGUCUUAUGACCCAAUAAAGAAGAAGCAUGUGAUAUUAUAUGACGAUGGAGAUGUGGAAGUACUUCGUCUGGAAAGAGAGCGAUGGGAGCUCGUUGGCGCAGGCCGCAAGUCUGGAGAGAAGGCAAAUUCAUCGAAAGUCACCAAGAGCCCUCUGAAGGAAGUGUCUUCUGGGCAGAAAAGUAAGAGCUCAGGUGGCUCACGUCAGAAAAAGAGUCCAGUAAAGACAACGAAGGGGAAAAGGACACCAAAGAAAAACUUGAAGCACACUCAAAAGAACAUGUUGAAAGACGAUGAAGAGAACACUGGUGUGUCAGAAUCCAAGUCCACUGCUGCAGACGAAAAUCCUAAGAUGAACUCAGGAGCAGACACCUGUAUGUUAGAUGCGAACCAAUUGGAUAGAGAAGAAUCUGGGAAGGAAGUGGCUUCAGUUUCAAAAGGGAGAAGUUCAGAAGAUACAGAUGGAAGCCCUAAUAAUGCCGAGGAGUCUGAUGCUAAUGGGAAUCACUCUGGACAUAUAGAUAACACUUCUGAAAAUGCUCAAAAGGUAGAUGAGGAAGAGAAAUCACCCGAUGAAUUAAAUGAAGACUCUAGAGAACCCUUAACUAAAGCAACUGAAUCGGAAGGACCUUCCUUGACUUCAGAUGUUGCGGAUGCUGGGAUAUCUGACAAUGAGCCCCUUAGCAAGUGGAAGCACAAAGUCGGAAAAUCAGGUUCCAAGAAACUGCACUAGUGUUUUA